AUGUCCACAUACCACCCGUCGUUCGGAAGACCCUCUGGUUUUGGAAACGUCUUCAAGUCUCUCACAAAAUCACUCAAAACUACCUCCAUAAAAAAUGAACCCAUCCACAUUAAUCCCAUGGUCGUUGGCGGAAGCCGAGACCAACAGCAGUUGUUUCAGGAAUUGACUCUGGGAAGCCUUCCUCAACGUGCUUCAGCUGCCGAGAAGAUUGCCAAAUCUUUGAACGAAUUUGCAAUUUCUUCCAUUCCAGAAAUAUGGUACAUGGUUCGAGAUUUAUGUGGCCCCAAUGUACAACUGCACAUACGACGAACAGGUCUUCGUCUUAUGAUACGGUGCAUCUACGCAGACGAUGCCGAUUUCGUCAGCAACAACUUGGUUUUUCUCAAAGACCUUAUGAAAUACUGCCUUACCACUGAUGCCAGACUCGAUCCAGAAUAUGACCUUUUUCUCCAGGCUCUCAAAGCAUUGACAAGAGAGGGCAAAGAGGUCAAUGACUUUUGUGUCUACGACGAAUCCAAGAGCUUUUUAAGGUUCUUUGAAGCAUCUUUGGCUUACUUUAACAAGGCUCGCAGUGCUGAAGGUGCCGAAGCAGAACAGCUUCUUGAAACUCUAAAAUUUCUCCAAAACUGUUUUCGGUACAAUGGGCACAUCUUGGACUCUAACACGAUUAACUCGUUACUUUUACAUAUACUAACUUGUGUCCUGGGACCUGUGGCUGAUGUGGUAAUUCUUGAGGCAAUUAAGGCAAUUUUGGCUCUAGUGGAAAGCGGUGCUGUAAUCACUAGUGUCUUUUCCAAUUUGAUUUCUGUUCUAUGUUCUUGCUACAACAUCAGCGCUGACAUAGACAAAGUCAUAUGGUCCACAAUUCACAUCAUCUACGCAACACCAAUGUCCAUUCAAUUGGUAUACCAUGUUCUAACCAUCAUUAACAAUCCCGAAUUGAGACAGUUCAAAAACCAAAACAUUCCUGAUAUCCACUCGCUUCGUUCAAGUGACAGCCGUGGAGGAGCAAAGACAAUCAAGAGAGAUUCACCCUUGACUUCUUGCUUAGGAGCCAUUCUGAUUCUAGAGUUGAUUGCCUUGACGUCUUGCAUUGAAGACAACGAAAGAAUCGACUCGUUUCAUUCGGAAUUUUACAACAAUUUGAAACUGGCUUUGACACAUCAAGUCCCUGUAAUUAACACUGCGAUUCUAAGAAUGUUUGACAGGAUCUUCUCCAAGGCUCCGAUUGAGCCUUUGAUCAAUAACGUUGACCACGCCGUGGUUGGUAAGGCAUUUCCUUUUUACUUUUGGCAUUCUCAGACUCAUUCAUUGUUUGACCUCUUGAGCGUUAUUCGUGUGACUACAGAACAGGAUAGAAGUUACUGGAAAUCAAUGUGUAUCUCAUUACAGCUGUUAUACGAGGAUCACGAAAUAAGCUGUCCAAAAGAAAGAAUUGUUGAGUUUUUCAUGGAAAAACACAAUCUCAUUCUGGACUCGAAUGUCAGCUUUGUUUUAAAAUACUAUUCAGAUAACUCCUUGUGUCUACUGGCUAAUCCAUUUCACAAGGACAACAUAGCCAAAGUGCUCAAUCAUUUUUACUUUAACGGCUCAAACUCCAAGUGCAGAAUCGAGGCAUUAUCAAUAGUACUUGAAGCAUUCAAAAAAUCAUGUACUAUAUUCGGUCACGAAUCGAUUGACUAUGAGGGCUUCUUCCAUUUGUUUCAAAGGUCGCUCGAUGAAACUGAUGAAGAAGUACGCUCGUAUUUAUUUGGACCGUUCUUCACGUCGUUUGCUCUUGACUGCACGCCAAGCAUGUUUGUGGAAUUGUGCUCUGUGUUCCUACCAUUGUUCCCUGUCAAGCGCCGUACGGAACGAUUUAGAAGUCUUGUCUCAUCAAGUUCUUUUGCGUCUUCAUCAUACUUCAGUAAUGAGACUACCAACAAAACACCAUUGAUCACCGAACUAGCAAAAUCAAUGAGCAGAGUGCUCGUCAUUACCAGCUCAAGUGAUGGAGCCAAAGCGGUACAAGCUUUUGAAUUAUUGAUGAACAUUUUGCAAUAUGCUUAUGAAGAGGAAAACUACCAACUUCUAGUUCUUGUUAGUCGUUGCUUGAUAAGAAUAAGGGCUACAGUGGAGGGGUUCAUUUACUUCACGCAACCAAGCGAUAUGGGCGGACUUGCAAGUAGCGUGAAAAGGAACUUGGAAGACAAGGGUACGGUUCAAGACGCUAGCACGAUGCUUUGGGUUUACCCAGAACACGUGGAUUUUAUUCCUGCUGAAUACCUUGAUAAACCUACCUCCAACUUGAUACUUUUCGAUCCUGAAGCAACCAAAUUGUUGCAUCUAGAUGGCAGCCCUACCAUUGAUAUUACAAGAUGGUUUUCUGUCGUGCUAGAUAUCUUGGAGAAUUAUAUCCAUUGGGAAAUCUACAGUUUUCUCUGGGCCCACGUUUGCACACAACUUUCCAACUUGGAUCUCAACAAGAGUAGCGAACAGAUUAUGAGAAUGCGAGCCAUUACAUGCGAUCAAUUACAACUCAAACUUCCCAAGAGUUUGUCGCUUCCUCGUGAUUUGACAAAGGGUGAUCUUCAAGUGGCAUUCAUAAGAUCUUUACUGUCACUACUUGCGUAUCACGAUGUAUUUUCCAAAUAUGAAGAGGACGCUAUUGUCAAUUCUUUGGUGCAAGGUCUCGGAUCUUGGGAAAAAACUGCAAUUCCAUGCAUUCAUAUCUUGACUAUAUGCUGCUAUGAAGUGCCUCUUUCCAUCAAAAAGUUUCUUUCGGUGAUACUCACUCAAUUGCAAACUAGAGUUACGAGUGCACUUGCAAGUACACACACUUUAGAGUUCUUGAUGUCCUUGAUUCACAUCCCUAGUCUCACCUCCAACUUCACCAUUGACGAGUACAUGAGAGUUUUUGGAAUUGCUUUCAAAUAUAUUCAGCUCGCGAGGGACCUUAGAAGUCGUUUGACAAUUGAUGAAAAUUCAAGAAUACAAACCCAUGGAGUUGAAGCUCAGGUGGAGCAAACUCCUUCGACUCUGGCAACCAGUAUCACCCCGAUUUUGGCACAAUAUUUGCUAACAAUGUCAUACGAUGUGAUAUCUAAUUGGUUUUUGAAAAUGGGAUUGAGAGAGCGGCCUAAAAUCGCCAACUACUUAAUCAACAAUUUGAAAGCGUGCUCUGAAGAAUGCGACAAGCCCGUGGAUGACCAAACAGCGUCGUUUAUUGACUUUAUUCACUACUUUGCUGACUCCAACGUUUCUCUGAAGAUAUUGAAUCCAGCUUUAUUAACGCUUGCACCCUCUAAUGAUGAGGGGUAUGAAACCAGAACCUGGAUAAUUGGGCAACGGAUUGUUUCUGUGCUGCUUGAUUUGAACACGGGAAUGUCACGAAUGAUUAUUAGGAGCGGUAGUGGAGUUCGAAGUUUGAAACUUAUGAUCGAAAACAUCGAUCAGAAAGACCGUCGGGAAAAGUCCUACAUUACUGCGGCCCACAUUCUCUCCCAGUUUCUGGAUAAUAUGGACCAGAACAGUGCUCCCGUGCCUUUGAUAGACGACUAUAUUAGCCUGCGAGCGAUUCUGACCAUUGACAGGAUCCCAACUGUGGAAUUCCACAAGAUUGGAAUCUUGUAUGUUGGACCUCGGCAGCUGAACGAAAAUGAAGUUUUGGGCAACCAAGUUGGGUCCAGGGCGUAUCUUGACUUCUUAAACAACAUUGGCGAGUUUGUCAAGCUCAAAGGUUGCGAUAAACGUGUUUAUGUUGGCGGGCUCGACACAGAGAAUGGAAGUGAUGGAGAAUAUGGAUUAUUCUGGAGCGAUAAAAUCACACAAAUUGUGUUCCAUGUUACGACUCUAAUGAAGAAUAACGACGGAGACAAGUACUACGACUUGAAAAAAAGACAUAUUGGGAACAACUAUGUGAAUAUCUUUUUCGAUGAGUCUGGCAAGGAGUUCAACUUUAAUAUCAUCAAGACUCAAUUCAACUUUUUGAACAUUGUCAUUUCGCCGCAUACAAAAAGCACCUCGAUGUUCACCAACCAUAUCAAUGAAAUCCAGCGCAGUAACAAGGUUCCAGCUCGUAACAUCUACAAGGUAAAGACAUUCCGCCGUUCUGGAGUCCCUGGACUCUUUGCGACAUGCCAUUUCAAGCUCAUUUCCGAACAGCAAUUACCACUGUACAUUCGAAACUUGGCGAUCAUAGCAGACCAAUUCGCAACCAUAUGGCACAGUCAAACUCCGAAACACUUUGUGAGUAACUGGGCCAGAAGAGUCGAUCAAAUUGAUAAACUACGAGAAAAAGUGCUCGAAACCCAGCAACUGAUUCGAAGAGAACCAGCGGGCGUUGUGACAGGUUCUGCCGCCGACUCCUUGUUGCAGCAACUUGAGUCACGGUGA